GAGUGAUGUAAAGGGAUCAGGUCUCACAGCUCUGCCUUGUACUUUUCACAGCAUGCCCCACACAGAGGUGGCUCAAUUUCUUGCUGCCCUCAGAGGAAAACUUCUUUGAAGAAGGAGGCCCCUGCCCACUGCUGCCCAAGCCAAGCCGCUUUCUCAGGUGCCCCUCAGUCAUGUCGACCAUCCGACUACGAGAAUUUGUAGAGCGUCGCCCAUCGAUUCCACCUAGGCUAUAUAUCACUCACCAAGGAAGGGACAUCAAAGGCUAUUACCCUGGACAACUGGCAAGACUCCAUUUUGAUUACAGUGGGAGGAAGGCUCCAAGACCCCUUAUAGACUUGACAAUUCCACUCAAGAGCACAACUCCGUAUCAGCCUCAAUUAGACCAGCAAACGCUCAUUCGAAGCAUUUGUUCAAGAAGAUUGUCAAGGCCUACAGACUUGUGGCAUAAUGAAACAUCUUACCAAAGAGACUACUCCCUGCCAUUUUAUGAGAGUGGUUGGGAUCGGAAAUUAGGCACGAUUUCAUUGCAUCCUAGACCAGUUAAUUCAGUACCAGAAGUCUACUGCUGUGGUGGUGAGAGAAGCAGCUAUGCAAGAAGCACUUUUUAAAACUAAAGGCAAAUUGCUUGGGAAAUCAAGAUCCAACCUUGAGAACAUGUCAUCUGUUGAAGGGAAUUGCUGUGCUGUGCAGUACAGUGCUUGCCUGCAAUACCACCACAUAAACGGGAAAAUAAAAACAAUGUCAAUGUC